AUGGAUAUGAAUAUUCAUGAGCAGGGCGGUCCAUGCGGUUUGCUAGCUUCAGUUCAGGCCUGCAUGCUUCAGAGGCUAUUAUUCAGUGAAGGUAGCGCACCGAUGACUGCUGCCAAUUUGAAGCUACUGUCAGAAAAAAGGAGAGUCAAAUGUUUGGUUCAGGCCAUCUGUGAUAUAGUGUGGAGGGCAGGCCAGAAAAGGAAUGCAGUUAUUGCUCUGCCGGCUACCAAAGCACAUUUCUCAGGUGGAGGACGUUACAAGAACGAUGGGCUCACGGAAACAAUAAACUUGAACCUGUUCAAGUCGAGAGAUGAGCUUGCGGACUUCGUCCAGGGAAACAUCGGUGUAUUCACAGAGAGCAAGGGAAGAGGUUGUAUUCUCCUCCUCUAUUCCACACUCUUCUCUAGAACCAUUGACAUGGUAAUGGAGGAUAUGGACAAUUUUGAGAACACAUUGAUUGGAGCUCAUGGCUACUGUACACAGGAGAUGGUCAACCUGAUAGUGACGGGUAAAGCGAUGUCUAACGUCUUCAACGAUACGGUAGAGCUUGGUUCGGGGAAGGAUGUUACCAGAUUGAAAGGGUUGAGUGGACGUUCAGACAUCGGUUUCCUCUCACUCUUUGAACACUACAAGUCGUGUCAGGUGGGAACUUAUUACAAGACUCCAAGGUUCCCGAUCUGGGUAGUCUGCAGCGAGAGUCAUUUCAGCGUGUUAUUCUCUCUCAAGAAGGAGCUUCUCGGGGAUUGGAGGAUGGAGAGACAUUUUGAUCUUUAUUACUAUGACGGACUCGCCAAGCAACAGGAGGAGAUUAGACUCACGAUUGACACUACUCAGACGUGUCCUGCCUCUGAUGAUGAUGAGCUUAUACCACCACUAGAACACUGCAUCAGGACAAAAUGGCCAGAAGCGGUGGUCAAUUGGAAUGGAUCAGAACCCAUCUUAUGAUUGACGUCCAACUGUUGGUCUUUGGAGUGUCGCUCUAGUCUUGGAUUUGUCUUGAUUCAGAACUCACCUGGUGGAACACGCAUGGACACCAAGAAAGAUGCUUGAUGAUCCCUUCAUUACCCAUAGACUGAAUUGACGAUCUCUCUGCGUGAAUUAGCAAGAGCCCCUUUAUGUAGAGAGCGGCUACGUGACAGGUCUGCAGUUAUGACCCUCAAAAUGGCAUUCAGAUUCUUCCCAUUCAAGAGAUACAGGUUCUUGUUGAGCAUGGAUUGAAAAGUUAAGUAACAGGAAGAAUUUCUUGGCCCUAGAAUUACCUGAUGUGCAGCCCCAUCUCAUGGUCGACCUGUGUCCAAUGUAUAACCCGUUGCCUAAUUUUCACUUCAUAGACAAGUUGUACAUUAGGGUUUGAAGUCAAAGUGUAUGAUGGGCCCAAAGGGAGUUCUAGAGCAGAUUCAGGGAUGAUUCUUCACUAAUGAUGGUUUCCGAUGUAUUCUGUUAAAGAAAAAGAAAACAUAACAUCCUUUGAGCAAAGAUUUUUUUUUUUUUGCACAGACAAAGAGGCCCGUAUUCACAAAGGUUGUUUUAAUCAUACCACGUUAGAAAACCAUGGACUAUGCAGAUUUCUUGUAUCAUUGCACUUCAUUCAAGCAUGAAUUUAAACUCUCUUUGCCCAAAGUAUGCACUUAUAAUUAAACUUUUCUUGCAGUCACGAUGAAAUAAGCGUAAAUAUGUAUGAGAAAUCUUUACAGUCCAUGGCUUUGUACCAUGUUACAAAUGAAACUUCUUUUGAGAAUGCGGGCCAGAAUUUUGUUUUAGAUUUCCUUUCAUAACUUGAUUACUUUGAUAUAUAUAAGAUUAUAGUGACAAAUGUUGGUUAUACAUGACUUAGAAGGGUUAGGGGAAUCGUCAAUGCUGGUAUAUUGUUUUACACUGAUAGACAUGCCAAACAUCAAGAUUACAGACACAGGUUGUAAUUUGACACAUAAACAAUGUUAGGUCUUUACCAGAUAUUUCAGUUCAUUUCUGACAACCUGUGUGUUGGCUCAGUAGGUAGAGCAUUUCACAACUGGGAGGUCAGGAGUUCAAGCCCCGGCCACGUCAGACCAAAAGACAUUAAAAGAUGGGAGUUGCUGCUUCCCUGUUUGCCGUUCAACGAUUCAAGGGAUAGAGUUACGUCAGUCUGGCGCUGCACAGUGGCUGCCGGCCCAUGAUCAAUUGGGCAAAACAAAUUUUCUGUGUAUUUCUGUUUCAGAUUUCUAAUUCGAACAAUAAAUUACAGAUUUUCUUCUUUUUUUUUUAAUUUAAAGAUCUGUUGCUUGAAAGGAACCUUCUCAAAGACAUGAUUUUCACUUUUCACAACUCCAAUACCCAAUCUACCUAUUUGCCUUCAAACGUUUAUGAUUCUUUUUUUUUAAAUCCUCAAAGAGUUGGGUCUUGGUCCACUUUUUCAAAUUUCCUGAAAGGGGGGGGGGGGAUAAAAUCUCUCUCCCAAAGAGCAUAUCCAAUUGCUCCCGUCCCCCAAAUCUCAUAAGCCAGAAAGAAAAGGUUUAGAGAAGGGCAGGCACAACGUAUCCUUUGAGGAAAAAAAAGUGGAGCAUAUAUCCUGAGUGCCCCACCUACCCCCCCCCCUCCCUCGCUUAAUAGCAACUGAAUUAGCUUGUGAAGAUAAAUCAUAUCUUCGUAUUCUCCCAUGUUUUAUCAGUUUGAAAUAUACUUGUGUUUUGGAAGGAGUACCUCUUUCAUGUGAUUGAAAUACAGGUAGUACUUCAUGUAAAUGAGAUGUUUAUGUAUUAAAUAAAGAUAUACUUUAUAUCAAUGUAAUUGAAUGAAUUAAAGUUUGCUGUUUAUUGUGGAGAUUCAUAUUUUCACUUCAUAUGAAAUCUUCUAAAUUCGUUGGUUGAUAAGUUAUCAUUUGUAGAUCUUUUAUAUAAGCAGUAUAAAUGUAGGGGCCUCGUGGUCUAGUGGUUACGACACUUGUCUCUCAUUUAGAGGGACGUGGGUUUGAAUCCCAGCCAUGGCGUGUUUUCCUUCAGCAAAAAAUUUACCCACAUUGUGCUGCACUCAACCCAAGUGAGGUGAAUGGGUACCCGACAGGAAGGCUGCUUGAGCUAAAGCUGGCGUAAUAAUAAUAAAAUUGUGCCUCGGAAUAGAUUAUUUCUAAAUGGAUGGCACAAUAUAAAUGUCUAUUAUUAUUAUAUUGUAUGAUUUUACAGUAAAUAUUGUAAAAUAACCCUUUAGUAGAAUUUGUUUGGUUGCAGGCAGCCAGACAAUAGUUAUACGUUUUACUCGUAGAAGAGACAAACACUUCAUGAUUGAGAUGUUGCCGUUGAUCUUCUAAUUUCCAUUGUUUUGCCAUAUAUUUAUAAAUCUUCAUUUUUAUUACAGUACAGUAUAUUAGUAUAUAAAUUGUCUCUUAGUGAGAAGUGGCGUAGUCAGCACAUCAGUAGUCUGCAGGCACAGACCAUUGGGUUUUGCAAUUUGCAUAAUGCAUAAUAAUGCAGAGUCUGAAGUAGUGAGACUAUAUUCACUAUGUACUUUGGCUGGCUCUAUCUUAUUUUACAUGGAGGCCGUAUUUGGAAAUCGGGUUUAACUUAAACUCAGGUUUAAAGUUGUGGUUUAAGUAUGGAUAGCCAAUCGUUACGUAAAUCACUAACGGUAGAGAUAUCAUAUUUCAGCUCAUUUGGCUCUCAAAUCAUUCAUAAUUGUCUAGAAAUAGAUGAUUGUCUUCACCAUCAGGAAAGAGCAAAGUAAACAUAAGAAACAUACAACUUAGUAAAAAAAAUUGACACUUUUGGCUUCCCAUAAUUUUAGCACAGAGUUAGACCAUGGUCUAAGUUAAACCUGACUUCAGAAUACGGGCCAGAGAGUUUGGAGUCUAGUCUUGACUCUAGACAUGGUUUUGGUGAAUGUGUCAAAUUCGAGUCUGCGCUUGCAGACUAGAACAUCAGAGCAAUCAAAUGAUUGUUGGCAGACCUGAGAUUGGACCAAUAGACCAAUGUUAACAAAGACUUGUCGAUCCGAUCAUAUCUUUGAUUGAUGGGGUAAUUUUCACAAAGAUGGAAAUUUGACUUUAAAGUAGGUUAACAUUGAUAGUUCCCCAGUGAUUCUGUCAGCCCUCAUAAUCAUAUUUCUGCAAAAUAGUGUGUGUGUUACAUAUAUUACCAUUGACUAUGGUAUAAUUGAUAAAUUAUUUAUUAAAUUCAAUUGAAUUCAGAUGUCGGAAUUUGCCAGAAAUUGUUUUUAUUUAUGCAGCAUCAAAUUGAUUAGUUUGAUUGAAUGAUAUUGAAUGUUUUUCUGCUUGUUCAUGACUAUUACAAGUGUUUGCUUUUCU